CUGUCAAUGUUGGGUGACUGAUGUAGUCCAAAAUGGAAAGUGCACGUCGAUGGAUGCCCUGCAGGUACGUGCACACAAGCGCGCCCAGUGGCGCACCCAGUGUGGUCGAAUCAGUGCGAGUCGCGUCAGUUGUCGUCUGCUGUCGGAUGAAUACGCGACUCAGCCAGUCUGCUCCGCUUUUUUUUUAACUUGGCACGCGUCAUUUUUGUUCUUUUACUUCUUCGGGAUGGAUCACCACGAGUGGCCGCGUGCCAGGGACAGAGGUCACCGGCGCUACGACGACAAUGGCGACAAAGAUGUGGAGGCAUUGUACGUCGACGUUCCGCCGUCCCACCGGCGGAAACGACGACGCCACCGUUCGUCCGAUCAGCAGCACGAUGGCGAGCGCGCCGCCCGACGCUCGCACUACGAGCACCGCGCCUACCACGAGCACCGCCAGCACGCCCACCCGGCCUUCUACCAGGACAGCGACGACUGCGACGAUGACGGCGGCGGCGGCAAUGAGCACGACCGUUGCUCUCAAACGGUGGACCACGCUGACCCCUCGGUGUCGCCGGCGGCAGAGCGGCUUCGUCACAUCCUGGGGGAGGACGAUGGCGGGCCCACGCCCACCAUCUUCACAGAGAUGGACACGCUGCAGCAGGAGGGCGGAGAACUGGAGUGGAAAGAGUCGGCCAGGUGGGUGAAGUUCGAGGAGAAGGUGGAAGAGGGCGGCGAGCGCUGGAGCAAACCUCACGUGUCCACGCUGACGCUGCACAGCCUCUUCGAGCUGCGCACGUGUCUGCAGACCGGUAGCAUCCUUCUAGACCUGGAGGCCUUCUCGCUCCCUCAGAUUGUCGACGAGAUGGUGGAGCGUCAGAUCGCUGACGGUCUGAUCUCGGAGGAUGUGAAGGACAGGAUUGUCUUUGUCCUGCUGCGGAAACAUCGUCACCAGACCAAGAAGCCCAUCCAUCGUUCGCUGGCCGACAUCGGAAAGUCGUCGUCGUCGUCCGCCGCCGCCGCCAACCGUAGUCCUCAGGCCAACCUGAGUCGUAGCACAAGCUCCGCCUCCGCCAUCCGUCGCUCAACCGACGACCUGCUGAGACAUGCCAGCAGCCUGGGACGCCUGCAUCAUGCGCAGAGUCGCAGCAUGAAUGACAUUUCGGAAACGCCCAGCUCGGACCAGAUGAAGAACAAGUUCAUGAAGAAAAUUCCCCGCGAUGCUGAGGCAUCCAACGUGCUGAUUGGUGAGGUGGAUUUUCUGGACAAACCCUUCGUCUCCUUCGUGCGUUUGGCUCAGGCCACGACGCUCGGUGGCCUAACCGAAGUUCCGGUGCCGACCAGGUUCCUGUUCAUCCUGCUGGGCCCUCACGGCAAGACCAAGUCCUACAAUGAGAUCGGUCGUGCCAUCGCCACACUGAUGGUGGACGACCUGUUUAGUGACGUAGCCUAUAAAGCGAGGGACCGCGAGGACCUGAUUGCAGGCGUGGAUGAAUUCCUGGACGAGGUCAUCGUCCUGCCUCCAGGAGAAUGGGACCCCAAAAUCCGUAUUGAACCCCCCAAGAAGGUUCCGUCGGCAGAGAUGAGGCAGGAGCUCCGUGUGCCGCCUUAUGAUUCCAUCGCUGCCAAACACGGCCCAACCCGGUCUUGUUCUGUGCCUUCCAGGAAGUCUGUGCUAAACUUAAAUGAGCUGGCUCAGAUGAAUGGCUCGGCUGGGGGGCCGGUCGGCGGGGAAGACGAGCAACUUCCUGUCCAGCAUGAGAUCGGCGAAGAGCUUAAGUUUACUGGCCGGAUCGGCGGAGGUCUGUGGUUGGAUGUGAAGAGGAAGAUCCCAUGGUACUGCAGCGACAUCUACGACGGCUUCCACAUCCAGACCAUCUCAGCCGUACUCUUCAUAUACUUGGGCUGCAUCACCAACGCCAUCACCUUUGGCGGCCUGCUGGGCGAUGCCACCGACAACUACCAGGGUGUGAUGGAGAGCUUCCUGGGGACGGCGUUGGCGGGAACCGUUUUUUGUUUGUUUGGCGGUCAGCCGCUCAUCAUCCUCAGCUCCACCGGACCCAUUCUCAUCUUUGAGAAACUCCUCUAUGAAUUCUGCAAGAGCAACAGCGUGGACUACAUGGAGCUGCGCCUUUGGAUCGGGAUUCACUCGUGUCUGCAGUGCUUCCUCUUGGUGCUGUCGGACGCCAGCUACAUCAUCCAGUACAUGACCCGCUUCACAGAGGAAGGCUUCUCCAGCCUCAUCUCCUUCAUCUUCAUCUCCGACGCCAUCAAAAAGAUGGUGGGAGCUUUCAAGUAUUACCCCAUCAACCGCGCCUUCAAGCCUGACUACGUCACAUCUUACAAGUGCGACUGUGUCCCUCCAGACCAAGAUCGGCCCUGGAACAUUUCAGCUCCUUUGGCCGAUGACAAUAUGUCACUUUUGUUUAACGUGAGCGAUCUGGACUGGACUCAGCUGAGCAAGAAGGAGUGCAUCAAGUAUGGCGGCACCCUGGUGGGCAAAGCAUGCAAGUAUGUGCCCGACCUGGCCCUCAUGUCCUUCAUCCUUUUCUUCGGCACAUACUCCAUGACCGUCACACUCAAGAAGUUCAAGUUUAGCCGCUACUUCCCCACCAAGCUGCGUCAGCUGAUCAGCGACUUUUCUAUCAUCAUCUCCAUCCUUCUCUUCUGCGGAAUCGACGUCCUUCUGGGACUGGACACGCCCAAACUGCACGUUCCCAUGCACAUAAAGCCCACACGCGCCGACCGUGGAUGGCUGGUGAUGCCGUUCGGUAAGAAUCCAUGGUGGUGGUACCUGGCCAGUUUUGUGCCGGCACUUCUGGUCACCAUCCUGAUCUUCAUGGACCAGCAGAUCAGCGCUGUCAUCGUCAACCGCAAGGAGAAUAAACUCAAGAAAGGCUGUGGGUACCACCUGGACUUGUUCUGGGUGGGCAUCCUGAUGGCAGUGUGCUCCUUCAUGGGUCUGCCAUGGUACGUGGCCGCCACCGUCAUCUCCAUUGCGCAUAUCGACUCGCUCAAGAUGGAGAGCGAGUCCAAUGCCCCUGGCGAGCAGCCCCAGUUUCUGGGGGUCCGCGAGCAGAGGCUGACCGGAACGCUCGUCUUCGUCCUUACGGGACUUUCUGUCUUCCUCGCGCCCGUCCUGCAGUACAUCCCAAUGCCGGUGCUGUACGGAGUCUUCCUGUACAUGGGCGUGGCUUCACUGAGCGGCAUCCAGUUCUGGGAGCGCAUGAAGUUAUACCUGAUGCCGCCUAAGCACCAGCCGGACUUUGCCUUCCUGCGUCACGUUCCUCUGCGCCGAGUCCACCUUUUCACCUUGGUUCAGAUCACCUGCCUGGCUGUCCUCUGGGUCCUGAAGUCCACCUUCCUGGCUAUCAUCUUCCCCGUGAUGAUUCUGGGUCUGAUGGUGGUACGAAAGCUACUGGAUAUGAUGUUCUCCCAGCACGACCUGGCCUGGCUGGAUGACAUUCUGCCCGACAAAGACAAGAAGAAGAAUGAAGAUGACAAGAAGAAAAAGCAAAAGAAGAUGACGACGGCCGACACGGAGAGCGACGAGGAGGUCCCCAUGGAGCAACACAACUUGGCCCACAAUUACUGUCCCGCCCCCACCUCGGCCUGUGAGUACAACCCCCUCGCCCCCUGCUCACCUUUAAUUUUACUCAUGAAUAAAUUCUAAAGAUGAAAAAAGAUU